AUGCGUAUGACAUCAAAAAGAAGAUUCCAAUGCCGGACGAGUACGGCGCCUUUGAUAUACACGAGUUCAACAUCCUCGACGAUGGCAAAACGGCUAUGGCCAUCACCUACCGAGAACAUGAAAUCGCCCUGGACACGAUGGAUCGUCCUGAUUAAUUAUGUUUGGGAUGGCGUCGACAAAGUUGCCCUGAGUGAAUCCGUCACUGUCAAUAAGGAAACCCCUCCUGUAGGGCCACCAGGAUGGGAUUAUGUCCACAUUAAUUCAAUCGACAAGAACGACGAUGGUGACUACAUCAUCUCUUAUCGGUUCACCAACACGAUUUACAUGAUUUCCGGCCAGGAUGGGAAUAUUAUGUGGAGGCUGGGCGGGCAGUACACUGACUUUGAACAAGACUUCACAUUCUCCAAACAGCACGAUGCGAAGUUCAUUGAGUCUAAUGGCACACACCAUGUUAUCUCGCUCCUGAACAAUGCCUCUGAUGAAAUCAGCAAUGACGAGGAUGUAUCAUCGGCUCUUUUCAUCGAGCUGGAUACCAGUGCAUUUCCCAAGACUGCUAAAGUCAUCCGACGCCAUAACCGCCCCGAUGGUGGUCUUACCCGACUCCGUGGCAACACUCAGCUACUCCCGAAUAACAACGUGUUUGUUGGAUGGAGUGAAAGGGGCUAUAUCUCUGAGUUCUCACCUGAAGGCGACACUUUGCUAAAUGCGAACUUCGUUUCCUCGCGUUACUCGACCUAUCGUGCAUACAAAUUUGAAUUCACAGGCCGCCCCAGUGCGCCUCCUGAUCUGGUUGCCUCUGUAUGGGGUACGGAUCAGACAGAUCUCUCGACGACUUUCUAUGUCAGUUGGAAUGGUGCCACCGACAUCGCCGGGUGGAACUUCUACGCGCGGGCUGCGAAGAAUGGCCACCCUAUCCUUAUCGGAAACGCUACCAAGACGGAUUUUGAGACGAUGUUCAUCGCCCGUGGGUACCUGGACUGGGUGACCGCCGAAGCGGUUGACCACGAAGGCCGGGUCCUGGGCACUUCUCGGGUCCAGAGAAGCAAGAUCCCUGAUAACUGGGCCGCGGCUGGAUUCAGGGGCGAUCUCAAGACCCUUAAACCGGAUGACCCCAAGGCCCCCAAGUCGAACGGUGAGGCCGAUAACAAAAACAACAACAACUUGCAAUCCCCGCGCCCGGCUGAUGCAGAAGUGAAGGAGAUCGCUCAGCUGGCACAUGAAACGUACGAUCUCGUUCGAAACGUCAGUGGUGUUUUCGUCCUCAUCGUACUUUGCGGUAUAGUGAGUGGUAUCGCAGCCAGCAUCUAUCUCUGUUUCCGGCGUCGGAUAACACAGCCUUACAAACAUGUCCCAUCGGAUGACAUACCAGAGGAGGAAAUCCGCCUCCAUUCUGUUGAGUGA